CUUACAUGACCUGACAAGUGUUCGACGGUGAGCUAUCGUAGGUUAUGAACUGUUGGUCCUUGUUAGACUCUCUUGUCUGCCUGGCAAGGCCAUUGUUACAUCAAGAUAUCAGGCUCUGCAUGUCUGAUUGUCCGAGACACUUCGUCUCACCAAAGGAAAGCCACUUGGUCAAUGGAACGCAUGCAUGUUGCCAGCAUGAACUACCGGAGACCUCGGCGGUUGAGCCUGUCUUAUUCGUCAGCCUUAAGAAUUUCGUUCUCGCUUGUUGCUUCAACGCCAACUUACAUAAAAUCGUCAGGGAUCUUGGUUGUCACAGUAGCUGUCAACGGUCGGCUUAUCCACUAUCAAAACAACAGGGCUGGUGCUCAGUCGGUGCCACUGAGAAAAUGUCUUCACGAGAAAACGAGUCAAGAAUUGAACUCUUGGAGUGGACAGACACCAUGGAAACGGAUAUAAGAUGUGGAUUGUGUUAACUUCCUAUACCUCCACUUCGCUAGUUGGAUCUACCAAACACACUGCUGAUUACCACGAUAUAGCUCCAAACACUGCUAUAUAGACUAUGUACCUUGGUAAUAGUCCAACUAUUCACAGAGCCCUGUGAUUAAACAUGAAACUUUUGUUAUCGCAAUGUUACUGUUCCUUUGC